AUGAAAGAUAUCGAUUCAGAUGUGUACUACACUGCAAAGACCACCGGCACUCCCCCCACGGCUUCAGUAGCAGAAGAACAAGGUCAAGCAGCGGAAGACAAAGACACCAAAGAGCUCGCUGCAUCGAUUCAAGCGGACCUCGCCGCCGGUGCAGAACGAAUCAUCAAGGAAGUCGCUCCGGAACCAGUCAAGCGUCAACUCAAUGCAUCACGGAUCCCGUCCUCCCGUAUCGGGCGAUUAUUCCACUACGGCACCCUCGCAGCCUCAAUGUCCCUCGGCGCGCUCUCCGAAGGCACGAAACGGAUCUUGACGGGUGGUGGUGAGGACGCUGGAACAAGCGUCAUGCUCAGCCAAGCAAACAUGGAUCGGUUGGUAAACAAGUUGACUCGGAUGCGUGGUGCGGCAUUGAAGUUAGGCCAAGUUAUCUCGUUCCAAGAUGCGAAGGUGUUGCCCGGGCCGGUGAGAGAGGUGUUGAGACGUGUUCAAGAUGCGGCUGAUUACAUGCCGGCAGAACAGUUGGAGGAGGUCAUGGCGACCAAUCUCGGACGUGAGUGGAGGGACAUGUUUGAGAGUUUCGAGGAGGUGCCGAUUGCUGCGGCGAGUAUCGGGCAGGUUCAUAGUGCGGUGUUGAAGAAUGGUAUGAAGGUCGCUGUUAAAGUGCAAUACCCUGGUGUUGCGGAUAGUAUCAGUAGUGAUUUGAACAAUUUGGGCAUGUUGUUGACAGCCUCGAGACUAUUGCCAAAGGGUCUGUUUUUGGACAAAACGAUUGCCAGUGCGAGGACGGAGUUGGGGUGGGAGUGUGACUAUGUCCGUGAAGCGGUGUGUGCUAAGAAGUUUGGAGAGUUAUUGAAGGACGAUCCUGUUUUCCGCGUACCGAAGAUCGUGGAUGAGGCGAGUGGGAAGGGUGUGUUGACGAUGGAGAUGAUGCCCGGAACGGCAUUGGGGAGGAAGGAGAGGUAUGAUCAGGAGACCCGGAAUUGGAUCGCAACACAGGUGCUCAAGCUGUGCUUGAGGGAGAUUGUCGAGUGGAGGUAUAUGCAGACUGACCCCAAUUGGUCGAACUUCUUGUACGAUGAGAAGACGAAGACCAUCUCACUGUUGGAUUUUGGAGCCAGUAGGGCGUUCCCUGACAAGUUCAUUGAUCUGUACACGCAGACCUUGUUGGCCGCUUCUCGGGGUGAUAGGGAAGCAUGCCGAACUCUGUCAAUCGAAUUGGGCUACCUAACAGGUAUGGAAACAAACGCAAUGACAACCGCUCACGUCGACUCCAUACUCACCCUUGGCGAGCCCUUCGCGAACUCCGCCCCCGAUACCUAUGACUUCUCACAACAAACCAUCACGGACCGUGUCAAGGGUUUGAUCAGUGUCAUGAUUCAUCAGCGGUUGAGUCCGCCGCCGGUUGAGACGUAUAGUUUGCAUCGGAAGUUGAGUGGAGCGUUCCUGUUGUGUGCGGAGUUGGAUGCAAAGAUCGAGUGUACGAAGAUCUUCCAGGAGGUUAUGAGGGCAGUUGGGAAGUAG